GUUUCUGAGCUCACAGUUCUGUAACAAGUUUCACUUCCAGCUCUGAUAAUGAGACUGUGGUUCUGUCUAAGUUUCCUCAUCGUCCUGUGCCUGGAGCAUUUUCCAGGAACCCUGGCAGCUGAAAGGAAUAAUCGUGACUACCCCAUGAGGAACCACUUACAUGGCCAUCAUAUACCAAGAAAUGUUCCAGAGAGUGAAGAAAAAACUGAGCAGUUCCUGCGGGAUUUGUCUGAGAUCAGCCGCCUACAAAGAGUUCCAACGGGGUUCACCCCUUUCCGAGGAAGAUUCCAUAGCCAGUCCCUGCGGGGUUUGUCUAAGACCAAGAGGUUAAAAUAUAUCUAUUGGCCCUGCAAGCCGGGUUUGCCGUGUAAAAAUGUGAAUGGAAGGUGGCGUCCCGUGGAAUAAAUAAGCAUUGUUAUGUCACAUGGUGUCACCUCUGUAAUACCAGCUCUGACUGACAUGGUUUAUUAAACAGCAGAUUUGUGCUCUCA